AUUUUAUUAAAAAUAUUAUCUUAUCUCAUUUUUCCAAUUAGUUCCAAUGACCAAGUCCUAUUUUCACUUACCCGAUUGUUCUAAAUAACAUACGAUAAAACGACAAUAUAGUAAAUUUGAAAUUGCUCGCUUUUAUCACGCAUGGUAUGUUUUUAUAUUCUUUCGAAUAAAUUUCAUCAAAAUAAAGUCACUAGUUAUAACUAGCGCUAUAUUACCAUGUGCAAAAGAAAAAUAUUUUGGUGUUUAGUUUUAAUAAAUUUUGGCGUGUUUUCACGUGGAGAGCUAUUCAGUGCCUUGUCAGACUUGGAACCGUUGCUGAAAACACAUAAAAGGGUUAUUCACGAUUUACACGACUACAUCAGUAGAGAAGAAGAAAGGCUUCAUAUUUUAAAAAGGUAUUUAAAAAUUUACAAUCGAGAACAUGUGAAGGCGAUGGAAGACAUACCGAACUAUAUCGGCAACCCUAUAAACGCGUUCACACUCAUCAAGAGGAUGACCGCAGACCUGGAGUACGUCAAACUGAAUAUUGAUUUAGGAGCAGAACAUGCAAGAAGCAUCGGCAUCACGCAGUACGAGAACGCCACUUACCCCAGCGCGGAGGACUUACGCGGCGCCGCGCGCGCUCUUACGCGCCUGCAGGAAACUUACUUUCUCAAGGUCGAAGAUCUCGCUGAAGGAAUACUAAAUGGAGUUAUUUACAGUUCGAAAAUGAGUGCAAGUGACGGUUAUGAAUUAGCCAAAAUAUUAUUUAACGAGAGUGAUUACCAAAACUCCUUGGAUUGGAUGAUCACAGCUCUCCACAAAUUCAAAGAAGAAAAUAAUUCUUACAUGUUUGAAGAAAUCGAUAUACUUCAAUAUAUAAGUUUAUCGUAUCAUUUUUUAGGUGAUCAUAGAGAAGCUUUGAAAUGGGCAAUAAGGAUGAUUGAACUAGAUCCACACCAUUCAGAUGCGAUAAUAAACAUAAUUAAAUUUCAAAAACAUAUUGAAGUGGAAGAGGCAAAAUUAAAUGCGGAUGACGAAGCUGACAAAAUAUCAGACGAGAAUAAUAAUGUGAAUGCAACAUUAGAAGAAAUAAAAGCGCAAUUCUUUAGUUUUUCUAAUGCUCUGUGUCGGGGAGAAGUUGAGGUGCCACCUGCAAUAGCCAAAGAGUUAAAAUGUCGUUAUUACAACGAGAACUCAUUUUUGAAAUUGGCACCAAUAAAGAUGGAGUACAAAUACCACAACCCGGACAUUGUAAUAUUUUACGAAGUUCUAAGUGAUGAAGAAAUAGAAAUAAUUAAAAACAUAGCCCAACCACGAUUAAAACGAGCACUGAUUUACAACACUGAGUCUAAAAGAUUUGCGUCAGCGGAGAAACGUAUAAGCAAAUCGGCCUGGCUAGUUGACAAGGAGUCGCCAGUGGUAGAGAGAGUGAGCAGGCGUGUCGCGGAUUUCACAGGAUUGAACAUGGACACUGCUGAAGAUCUACAAGUUGUCAACUACGGCAUAGGUGGUCACUAUACACCGCACGUUGAUUAUGCUCUCCCUGAACAUACUCAACAGUUUUCCGAUGAAGUUGGUAACAGAAUUGCAACUGUUUUAUUUUACAUGUCGGACGUAGCUGAAGGCGGUGCCACAGUAUUCCCGAAGCUGAGCUUGAGUUUAUUCCCGGUGCGCGGGGCGGCCGCGGUGUGGUUUAACUUGUUCCCAUCUGGGGAAGGUGACCGCGAGACCGCCCACGCCGCCUGUCCCGUGUUACGCGGCACCAAGUGGGUGUGCAAUAAAUGGAUUCAUAUGGUAGGUCAAGAGUUUCGGAGACCUUGUGGGUUAACCAGGGAGAAGACAGGAAACGACAGUGAUUUUAAUUCAAGAGUUAAAUAAGGUUGCUUUUCUUAUGACGUGAAAAAAAGCUUAUCGUUAGUGUACUUGUUACAAAAUAAAUAUGAAAACCACAAAAC